AUGGAUGGUUUUGUGCAUAAGAAAAAAUCCUAUCUCCAAAGAUAUAGCAGCGGCAACAUGGACACCCGGAAUUCCAUUCAAGUUCCAAAACGUGGUAAAUCCAACUACGGAAUGGAACGCCUCAGUCUCUUCCCCCGACGCAACAUAAUAUCGUGUUUACGUAAUCGCUUUGAAUGGAUAUUAGUAAACGGAUACGCCGAUAUCGAAGCCUUCGACAAUUCCCAAGAAACCCUGGAAGAGAUGGAACAGGCUUACCCCGACGAGCCACAAUUAUCGUGGGAAAAACCCGCAAACUUUGAAGAAAUGGUGUCUGCAAAGUACGACGAGCUGAGGGAAAUGGCGAAGGAUAUGGGAAAAGACGAACGGGAACAUGACAUGGAGGUGACUGUGCAGUUCAUCGAAUUUAUACUGCAGUUGUGGCACGAACAACUACAAAGUUGCCCAGCCGAAGAAAGAGAAGGGUUCAAAGCAUUAUAUGUUCGUUCCAUCUACACUCAAACCCAAGACUACCUUAAACCCCUGCUCAGCCAACUCAAGGCAUUCAACGUUCUAGAAGAUAUUUCCGAUAGUUUAAAGGAAAUAGUAGGUCACCUGCUAAACGCAAAUUACUCGAGGGCUAGAGACGUUUAUGUACGAAUGGCAAUCCUUCACGACCCUUGGCCCAUCGUGUUGAAGGACGAAAGGAAGAGGAAGUUUAUUCAGGGAUUGGAGAGGUUAAUGGCCAAGUCUCAAGAGUUCUACCCCACGGAUCCAUCAAGAUGUGCCGAAUACGCCCCAGAACGUGAUCAGCUUCUUUAA